AUGAACAUGAAAUGUACCUACCUGAGCUUACACCUGGGCAGUUUUCGAAACAUUCUCAACAGUCACAUAUCCUCUGCUGAACAUGACUCGCCGACAGGGCCACUUGUAGUACCACGUCUUCGAAUUCGACUUCGACUCCUUCCUGUUGGCGCCACUCAGAGGCAGGCUGAAUUGGAAGUCAUUAUCCUGCAGGUCGACGUCGGCCUGGAUAAUCGAACGGGUAACAUCGUCCUGUGGUCAACCCAUGCAUCCAUGUUCCUCCAUGAGUGUUUUCACAUCGUGAUCUGCUUUGUCAUCGAAGCUGCACAACGUGAAGAUGACAUGGUGCUCCCGCGGCCGCACUUCCACUUGCUUACCCCGCGGCGCCAGCAUCGGUCGCAAGCUCCUGCGACUGGAGCCCAAUCCAUAUUCCAGGUUACUCUGGCAUCGGCGCUGAAGAAGAUUAUCUUUCCGGCCAGCAGUAAUCGCCGGGGGUUCCGUCUUUGUGCGAGUCUCAGCCUGAUGAAUGUUAGUCUUCUGGAUCCUGCAGUUUGUCUUAUUUUCGAGAACUUGGUCCGCUUGCCCGAUGCAGCUUUGACAACCGUAAUCUUGUACUUGGUCAUCAGCUUUGAUCGGCUGGCGUGA